AUGUAUUAUGUAAUAGAUCUUAACUUUUUAGUGGUUUUCAAUAAUCGGUUUGGUCGUUUAAAAUUUAAAUUUGUGAUGAUAAAUGGCCGGCGCCUGCAUAUAACGCCCAACUUGACCACAAAUCUUAAUCAGGACAAUUUGUAAACAUUUCUAGAACAGAUAUACUCUAAAAUUUUCUAAACAAUUGAUAUAUAUAGAACAACAUCUGUUUACCAUUUAUCAACAUCAUCAUCAACCACAACAUAUCCUUACAGGUAUACCAGGGUCGUUAUCUAGCUUCGUUAUAGACGGUGUAUUGAGAACUCCAGAUUACUCCUUGUUCGAUAUAGAGAUAAUACGUUUGUUGUCUAGGUAAACUCCUCCUUUUUAUCUGAAAUUUUCAUAUCAUCAUAUCAUAUACCCUUUCAAUCCCCCAUUAUGGAAGUAGAUAGCUCCUUUGACAAUUCAUCCAUACAGAAUGUUCUAGAAAAUGAUGAUUAUAAAGUGGACUUAUCUAAUUUGAUUAAUGAUAUAUUACCCAUACCAACACCAAAUGAUGUUCAAAUUAAGCAAGAUUUAGAAAGUUCACAUAGCCCUCCUAAGAAGUUAAGACAUCUCAAUGAUUUUUUAAGUAGUAACAACAACAACAACAAAGCCCAUACAUUUGAUUUCAAUACUGUACUAAGACCUAACUUAAAAGAAACCAAUCAAAUAACUAAUGAAUUAUUCCAAGUUACAAAUCAAUUAAGAAGAUCAACAGAUCAUCAAUCAACCAUCAUGUCAGAUUUUAAUAAUAAUUCUCAAGACGACACUUAUGAUGAAAUAUUCUUUUCUAAUAAAAGACUUAAUAAUGAUAAAGUUGAAAAACUUGUGGAUAAUUUAUUUCUGAAACAUGGUGGUUCAAUAUCAACUCCAGAAACUUUUGAUUUUGAAUUAGAUGAUCAAUUAAGAACAAGAUUUUUUAAAGGGAGAUUUAAUAAGAAUCAAUUUAGUAUUGAAUCUAAUGAUGAAUUAGAUGUUCAAUUAAGUAAUUUUCUUUCUCGUUCAACUUCACCAUCGAUACCAAUCAAUAAAAAAAAUGAUAAUAAAGAAAAUAUAUCUCCAUCACCAGAUCCUUUAAAAUCAGUACAUAAGAAAGCAGCCAAUUCUAUUAAGAAAUCUCAUAAGACAUUCUUUAGACCACCCCCACCAAAUGAAAAGAAUCAACAUAGACAAUCUAUUCCUGUAUUAAAACCAAUUUCAAAUCUUUCUAAUACUGAUAAUAAUAAACGAACUGAUAUUAGCUUUUUAGAUGAGAAUAAUUGGUCAAGUGGGAAAAGAAUCUGUUCACCAAAGCAUAGAAGACAUUUAACUCCUCGUAAACCGUCAAUAAAAUAUAGUGAUAUCAAUAACAAUAUAUUUCUUGUUGAAUCACUGACUGGUUUAGUGAAUGAUGCUACUAGAUUUGGAACUGAAUUAAAUUCAUCAAAUUGUGAAGAUUUCCCCUUACCUGAAGAUGCUAAUGAAAUCGUUCAAAUUCCUACUAAUGAAGAUCCUAAAACUAAGAAACAAAAAUUGGCCAUUAUAAAAGUUAUUCCCAAACUUGUUAUUUCAGAACCUAAACAAGGAGGAGCAAAUGAUAAUGAUAAUUUAAAAGGAUUUUAUAAUGAAUCAGAGUAUAAGAGAUAUAAUGGGAAUAACGUAAGUCUAGUCGUCCAUUCUGAAGAUUCAGGCGUGGAAGUAGUAAGUCAAUCCCUUCCUUCGUUCAAUAUUCAUAAUGAUUUUGCAGCAUCUUCCUCUUCUUCUUCAACUAAUAAUACUAAAAGAAGAAAAGUACGAUGGGCUGAAAAACUAGAAUGGUGAAAACCCGAUUCAACCAACCAACCAACUAAUUGUAUUUAAUUGUAACUUUAAUUUUAAUAACGUUUUAUGUUUUAAUAGACAAUGCUUUUCAUGAUAAAUAUGGUAAUUGCAGCAUGUAUGUGUGUG